UCCAGCUCUUUUCCCAUUGCGCAGCUGCCAAGAAAGUUCUCAAAUCGAUGGCGUGGGCCUGGAAUCUUUUGUUGGACCAACUGAUAGUGAGUUGCAAUCCUGUGGCAAUGAGCUCAUUAUCCAAACAGCAACGCAAUGGAACAGGCGAACAGUACAACCUCCCGCUUGCGAUGGAUUUGCGCCUGUGGAGUGGUCAUCUCGGUGUAUUCACUGUACGUGAAAGUGAAACUGGAGGAGGAUAAGAACUACAGGCCGAUGUGCGAUGUGAAUGAGAACAUAAGUUGCUCGAUAGUCUUCAAAUCAGUCUAUGGUGAAGGCUUUGGACUUGGUAAAAUAACGAAACUAAAUUCUCCCAACGGAGCCAUAGGAAUUGUAUUUUAUGUUCUCUACUUUUUGAGCUCGUUUUUUCAGCAUCAGUGGCUGUGCUUGGCCCAAUUGAUAAUAUGCACUUUGACACUGUUCCUCUGCGUUUAUCUGGGCUUCCUGCUGCUUUUUGUCUUUUACGAUUGCUGCUUAGUGUGCCUGGCCAUCUAUUUGAUACACACAUGGCUCUUCCAGGAGGUUUUAAGGCGCUAUAGGCGUCUUUAUAUGUAAGAGCUGUAUAUAUUUAAGUCAUGCCGAAAUUAUAAUGAAGAUAAGCUACUAA